AUGUUUGACAAUUUUUUGGUAAAUCUAGUGUGGCCUCAUCACAACCUGAUCUUCUCCCUUUCGAUCGGCUAUUUCGACUCUGGCCUCCAAUCCGGAUUCCGUCAUGGUCCCGUAGAUCCGAUCCUGAUCUUUCUGGUUGACCUAUUUCACUCGGUUCCAGUCGCACCGAGCGUUUCACUCAAGCACUAUUUCUCAAGGUCUUUGAAGCUGCCUCACCAAACAGAGCCCCUAAGCUCUGAUUUCCAUGAUUACAGAGAUUAUGCCUUCCCUUCAAGAAUCGUCUCCUUGCUUAAACUCAUGCUAUCUGAGCAAACUGUGGACGCCUAUCUCUGGUUGCACGUGGCAUCUAAAACACUCUCGGUCCCCCACCUUCUUCAUCGCGAUCUCUUUUCCUCCGAUUUUCCUCUCCAACAAUGUCAAUGGGGUAAGCUCCGAUGUGGAAUCCGUGUAUACAAAUAUGUCUGGAGCAAAUGCGGUAACGGCGCUGUUGGAAAUUCUGGAAGGAGCGGAGAAUAUCCUGGAAUCACAACGGAUCAGGAGCGAGUCAUUAACAAGACUAAUCAACUUGACGACGAGGACAACCAAUUUUACAUUCAACGGAACCUUCUAUGA